AACUAAGCCUUAGCCUUUUCCCUCUCCCCAGUCUCUGUGCUCUGCUGCUCCAAAAUCUCUCUCAACACCUCGAAGCCAUGGCUAUCUUGUUAUCUUCAAUUGUACUUCCUUCCACCAAGCUCAGCUCCAAGCUACCCAUCUUCAACAACACGCAGGAGCACGCACUUCCAACUCUUCGCCAUUUCACAGAUUCUAGUAAGCGCUUCGAGAAAGUUUCGAACUUGGUUGCUCUAGCAGUAAAUGGUCAGAGAAAUCCUGUUAACACUACGCCCAGGAGAGAUGGUAGAAACCCGUUUUUGAGUGAGGGGAGGGAUGAAGAUGAAGCUCGUGGACCCAUUUGCCCUGGUUGUGGAGUGUUUAUGCAGGAUAGAGAUCAGAACCUUCCUGGGUUUUACCAACAAAGGGAGGUGAAAGUGGAGGAGUUUUCUGAAGAGGAUGAUGGGUUUGAUGAUAUUGAUGAUGAUGAUGAUGGUGGUGUGGGGGAAGAAGUGGAAGAAGAUGAUGGUGAAGUGGGGGUUUUGGAUAGUAGUGAGAGUAAGCAUGAAGAAGAUACUGAGGAGUUGGCUGACGAGUUUGAUUGGGAUUCUGAUGAUUGGGAAGCUAAGUUAUUGGGGGAAGAUGAUGAUAAUAAGCUGGAAUUGGAAUUGGAGGCGUUUGCACCAGCUGGGGUUGGUUAUGGUAACGUUACCGAGGAGGUGCUGGAGAGGGCGAAGAAGAAGAAGGUGUCGAAGGCUGAGAAGAAGAAGAUGGCUAGGGAGGCUGAGAAGGUGAAAGAGGAGGUUACUGUGUGUGCUAGGUGUCAUUCCUUGAGGAAUUACGGGCAGGUGAAGAACCAGUCAGCUGAGAAUUUGAUACCUGAUUUCGAUUUCGAUAGGCUGAUUUCUACUAGGUUGAUGAAUCCUUCUGGUAGUGGCAGUUCUACUGUUGUUGUUAUGGUUGUGGAUUGUGUUGAUUUUGAUGGUUCUUUUCCUAGAACUGCGGUGAAAUCGCUGUUUAAGGCGUUGGAGAAAACCCAGGUUAACUCGAAGCGGGGAAAUAAACUGCCAAAGCUUGUUCUCGUGGCGACGAAGGUUGAUCUCCUUCCGUCCCAGGUUUCUCCUACAAGGUUAGAUAGAUGGGUUCGACACCGUGCAAGUGCUGAAGGAGCGCCUAAGUUAAGUGCGGUUUAUUUGGUCAGUUCUAGAAAGGAUUUAGGCAUAAGGAAUUUGUUGUCCUUCGUAAAAGAUUUGGCUGGUCCUCGCGGGAAUGUGUGGGUAAUUGGGGCUCAGAAUGCAGGGAAGUCUACUCUGAUCAAUGCAUUUGCAAAGAAACAAGGAGCCAAAGUUUCAAAGCUCACAGAAGCUCCAGUUCCGGGGACGACACUCGGCAUCUUGAGAAUUGGAGGAAUUUUGCCAGCUAAGACUAAGAUGUUUGACACUCCAGGGCUCUUGCAUCCGUAUUUAAUGUCAAUGAGAUUAAAUCGGGAGGAACAAAAGAUGGUUGAGAUACGGAAGGAACUUCGGCCUCGGACAUAUAGAAUUAAGGUAGGACAGUCUAUACAUGUUGGUGGCUUGACCAGACUCGACCUUAUUGAAGCCUCUGUUGAAACAAUAUAUGUCACAGUUUGGGCAUCACCAAAUGUUUCUCUGCACAUGGGGAAAAUAGAAAAUGCUGAUGAGGUUUGGAAAAAUCAUGUUGGUGUCAGGCUGCAGCCUCCCAUUAGUAGUGACCGUGCUGCUGAAUUAGGCACAUGGCAAGAAAAAGAAGUGAAAGCAUCUGGAUCUAGCUGGGAUGUCAACAGCAUUGAUGUGGCAAUAGCUGGUUUAGGGUGGUUCUCUUUAGGUCUCAAAGGAGAAGCAACCCUGAAAUUAUGGACCUUUGAUGGAGUUGAUGUUACUUUCAGAGAGCCUUUGGUGCUUGACCGGGCCCCAGUCCUUGAGAAACCAGGUUUUUGGUUACCAAAAGCUAUCUCUGAUGCAAUCGGCAACCAAACUAAACUUGAGGCUCAAAGAAGGAAAAAACUUGAAGAAGAAGAGGAUAUGGAAUAUGUGGGGGCAGGGGCAGAGAUAUCUGCAUGAAAAGAAGUCAAUUGCUUUAUUAAGGAUGAGGAUAAGAGUUUGUAACUGAACUGACGUGUUGCAAAGGUAAUACCGUAGUUAAUAUGUUUGCAACUGAAGCUUUUGUGCCCCAUUUUUUCCUACUAGUUGGUGUGAUAGCCUCCACCAACUUAUAGAAAGAGAAAUGAGAUAAAUCCACUCCUUGCUGUUUAGGUGUCACAGUGGCUGAGUAUUAGCAUGUUUGCAUUAAUUUGUUUUUCCUCUGAAUCAGUUAUGGCCUCUAGAAGCUACUCACAGAAGCUCCUCCAGAAUUGAUUUUGGCUUCAUAAUCAAUUGUAGAAGAAUUUUCAGACAUGCGCUAUGUAGUUUUGAGAUGAGUCGUAAGGCUAUGUAGUUUUGAGAUGAGUCGUAAGGCUCGUGUCUUUCGUGUAUAUAUAGUGCCACAUUUUGGGAGGUAGUUUUUCAAAUUCUGUGUAUUAAUAUCCUUUGCACAAGGCAUAAAAAUGAGAUUGUCUCAAGAAAAGUGAAGUAUCUGAAUACAUUUAUUCUUGGCUAAUUUAUUCUAAAGUGAAGUAUCAGAUUGUCUCAUGAGGGUUCUGGCCUCUUGUAUUUA